AUGACUUCAACGUCCGAUGCGGACGAGCUCCCGUUCCGAGCGUUUGUGCCUGCCAAGCAGGAUGUAGCCGACUUGGCCGAGUUGGCAGACCUCGAGAAGGUGUCAGUGCUAUCGUACAAUGUGCUGUCGCAAAUGGGUGCAAGAAGGAUGCAACGUCGAGGCAAGAGCUACGUCAGUGCAGCCAUACUCAACAUCCGACAGCGACGAGAGAGACUCCUACGAGAGAUCCUUUCAUAUGAUGCCGACAUCAUGUGUCUGCAGGAAGUCGAUGAGUAUGACGACUGGUGGGCUGCAGAACUCGCUAUUGCAGGCUACGAUAGUAUUUACGCUACGUCUGCAGCGUCAGAUUCAACAACCGUGACCAAGGAUAUCGAUGAAGGUCUCGUGACAGCGUUUAGGAAGUCAACUUUUCAGCUGUUCCGGUCCGCUGAGGUGCAUUUGAACGACUUAUGUGCCAACAUCAACGACGCGAAUCUUGCAGCUAGAGCGAAGCAAGACAAGAUCGCGUUAAUGGUGUGUUUGCAGCCGUGGGAGACCUCGACGUUACCGUCUGCGCUCUGUGUAGUCAACACGCAACUUGCAUCGGGUGCCACGUCCGAGUUGGAGCGUGUACGCGUGCUCCAGACUGAGUAUCUGUGCCGCCAGAUUGCUGUGUUUAACGCGGAUUUCCAGCUGCCCGUCCUGUUAGCUGGGACCUUCAACGCAGUUCCAAGUAAUGACGUCUACCAUACGAUUCUCACAGGCCGGCGACGACCUGUUCCUGAGGCGCCGGCAGCUCCAGGGCGUCCGGUGAUCGACGACCCGACGUCCUCAUCUCUACGUAUUUCAUGGGAGCCACCCCAGCCAUCUUUAACGUCAACGACACCUUCAACUCCCGUUCUGGAGUACAAAAUCGCUGUCAAAAACUGCACGAGCAAGGCAUCCGGCUUCCUGUACGAGUUGUCCGUGCCGGACGGAGCGGCCAAGUCGUUCACAGUGACAUCGCUGAGUGCUAGUAUGACGUACCAGUUUCGAGUGAUGGCUCGCAACGCGUACGGAUGGGGAUAUUGGAGCCAACCUUCAGCUCCUGGAAGCACGUUAGAACAUGCUGCGUACAAGAAGUUAGGGCCUACCACUACAGAUUCAGACGGGGAGCCUUUGUUCCUCGCUACAGAUGUUCCUCCAGACGUGAAGCCGUACGAUGUCUCCUACGGUUCGGGGCGUACGCCGCGAUACGCGAGUGACGUGAAGCCGGUCGUCAACGUGAUCGCGUGUCCACGGCCUUUGUUGUCUUCGGUUGACAAGGCUGUGGGUGGCAGUGACCAAUGCGCAGAGGCGAAACGAUACACCACAUUACAACCUCGAGCUGACCGGGACAGUCUGAUCGUGCACAGUGAGCUGAUGGAGAGUGCCUAUGGUGCCUAUGCGGAGUAUUUGAGUGAGCCCGAGCUCACGUUCUCCAGUGAGAACUUUCAGGGGACAAUCGACUAUAUCUUCCACUCCGCGGGACAGCUAACGCCGUUCCAACUGCUUGAAUUGCCGACACUGGAGGAACUAGAAUCAACAGGUCAAGAUAUUCGCGAACCCGUAAGUGUCGAGGACGUCGAGUGGGUCAAACACAAACCCGAGGACUGGACGGACGACGCAACAUCAGGCACAAGCUACAUGGGGACGUGGUGUGCUCCGAUGCUUCCUAAUAUCUUCGGACGUGCUUCUGGGCGGCUACCCAACGCAACUUGUCCGUCCGAUCACCUGCCGUUGGCCUGCGUCUUCGCCAUCAGGAAGCAAAACCUUGCCGUGAUGUGGAACUGAGAGCACGUACAAUAAACACCAAGCAGCUUUAGAUUAUGCAGUUAAAGCUCGUCCUUGCGAGAGUAGUUGUUGCUCGUGUCAAUCUGUAGCACUUCUUGGC